AAUAUAACUCAAGCGCUAGUUGCAGCGUUAAACAGAAGCCAGCCGCUACAACCGCUAGUCGCUAGUCAAGUGCUUUUCAAAAUACAAAUAUGUGAUUACGGCGUCCAGUACAAAAAUUAAAUCUCCAUCAUCGAAACCGAGCUCCGAGUCCGCGACCAAGAGGAAGAGAGAGAGUGAGUGCGUGAGAGAAACGACAGCUGCUGGCCGUGUGUGUUGGUGCAGGAUAACAAAUACAAAACAUACAACAACAACAAAUAGUACACAAAAAGUGCCAAAGUUUUUAACAAAUUUGCCAAAAAAAAAAAUCAAAAGAAAAGCACCAACCAAAAGCCAGCAAACCAUUCAAUUUCAUAGAAUUCAAUGCAGAAGACAUGUGCAUAAAUGAAGAGCUACAACCAAUUUAAUUUGAACGCCGCCGCCCCGCCCGCCAUUGCCUACGAGAACGCAGCCGCAGCAGCAGCCCUCAAUUCAAAUAGUUCGCCCCUCGAUCACAAUCAGCAGCAACGUCAGGAUAUGCCGCACUUUGGACUGGGCAGCGGUCCUCAGCCGCCGCCGCCGCCGUCGCAGCAACAGCAGCAAGUGCACCAUCAGCAGCAGCAGCAGCAACAACAGCAACAGCAGCAGCAACAACAAAUGCAAUUGUCCAUGUUGCCGGGUCCGUACCGGCCGCACAUAGAGGAAAAGAAGCUGACGCGCGAUGCCAUGGAGAAGUACAUGAGGGAGCGCAACGAUAUGGUCAUCGUGAUACUCCAUGCCAAGGUGGCCCAGAAGUCCUAUGGCAAUGAGAAGCGCUUCUUCUGCCCUCCGCCCUGCAUCUAUCUGUUUGGCAGCGGCUGGCGGCGGCGCUACGAGGAGAUGCUGCAACAGGGCGAGGGCGAGCAGGGGGCCCAGCUGUGCGCCUUCAUUGGCAUCGGGAGCAGUGACCAGGAUAUGCAGCAGCUGGAUCUCAACGGCAAGCAAUACUGUGCGGCCAAGACCCUGUUCAUUUCGGACUCGGAUAAGCGCAAACACUUUAUGCUGUCGGUGAAGAUGUUCUACGGAAAUGGCCACGACAUCGGUGUGUUCAACUCGAAACGGAUCAAGGUGAUAUCGAAGCCGUCCAAGAAGAAGCAGUCACUGAAGAACGCCGACCUGUGCAUAGCCAGCGGCACCAAUGUGGCCCUCUUCAAUCGCCUGCGCUCACAGACCGUCUCCACGCGGUAUCUGCAUGUGGAGAACGGACACUUUCAUGCCUCGUCGACCCAAUGGGGGGCAUUCACGAUACAUCUGCUCGACGACAACGAAUCGGAGUCGGAGGAGUUUCAGGUCCGCGAUGGCUACAUCCAUUACGGUGCCACAGUCAAGCUGGUUUGCUCAGUGACGGGCAUGGCUCUGCCGCGUCUCAUCAUACGGAAGGUGGACAAGCAGAUGGCUCUGCUGGAGGCCGAUGAUCCUGUCUCGCAGCUCCACAAAUGUGCCUUCUACAUGAAGGACACGGAUCGCAUGUAUCUGUGUCUGUCGCAGGAGAAGAUUAUCCAAUUCCAGGCCACACCGUGUCCCAAGGAACCGAACAAGGAGAUGAUCAAUGAUGGUGCCUGUUGGACAAUCAUUUCCACGGACAAGGCGGAGUAUCAGUUCUACGAGGGCAUGGGUCCUGUGGCUUCUCCUGUCACACCUGUGCCCAUUGUCAACUCUCUGAAUCUGAAUGGCGGCGGCGAUGUGGCCAUGCUGGAGCUGAGCGGCGACAACUUUACGCCCCAUCUGCAGGUGUGGUUCGGUGAUGUGGAGGCCGAGACCAUGUAUCGCUGUACGGAGACGCUGCUCUGUGUGGUGCCAGAGAUUUCACAGUUUCGCGGCGAAUGGCUUUGGGUACGCCAGCCCACACAGGUGCCCAUUUCGUUGGUGCGCAACGAUGGCAUUAUCUAUGCCACGGGCCUGACAUUCACCUAUACCCCAGAGCCGGGACCGCGGCCACAUUGCAACACCCAGGCUGAGGAUGUGAUGCGUACACGGCACAACAACAAUAACAACAUCACGAGCAUCAGCAACAACAAUAAUGCUGGAUCGCCGGCGGGUGGCAGCUUGCAGCAGCAGCAACAACAACAGCCACAGCAGCAUCAGGCGCUGCCCUCCAUCUCAGAAGUGCAAUGGAAUAGUCAUGGUAGCGGCUUGUCCUGAGUGCAGGACUUUUGCAUCCUACAUUUAUGCGUGCUAAGUUAUUUAUAGUUUUCAUUAGAGUCCUUAGUUUGUAGAUUGGCGAUUUUUCUAAUCCUAAUUUUUCACUUCUCAUGACGCGAACAAACAAUGCCUCCUCCUUAGACACACCAACCUAUCCUAGAAUCAUCCUAUAUUUAGUGCUAGUACGGAACCAAUAGAUGUGUAAAUGCGAUACAUAAAACACUUUGUAUAUAACUCGAAAGAGCCCACACUGACACGACGACACACAUUAUAUAUUUGUAUAAAAUAUAUACACUUGUAAUUCUAGUUAAAUAUACAAUCUUGUAUAAGUAUAUAGAAGAUUUUUUUGGCAGCGGUUGAAAUAUUUUUGAAAACUUGUAUUCUUGUGAAUUUCCAAAGAAAUGGCUCAAACGGGAAGACCCCAGCUAACAGAAAAUACAUAUAGUAAUUCUUAAACAAAAAAAAAAACAAACACAUUCCAUUACCCCCCAGAAAAACGAUUUAUUUUCUGUAUAUAUAAAUUUGGUGUUGGCCAUAUCUUUUGGAAAUUCUCAACGAUCAAAGAACCGCUCUAUAAUAUUUUGUAACAUAUAAAAGACAAAAAAGGCGAUUUGUUUUUAAG